CCUCCGCGCGCGCCUCUCGUCAUGCCGCUCGACCUCGACCCGAUCUACUGCGCGGAGCAGAUCGCGGUCCCUCCCGACCUCGCGGACGUCUUGAAGGCGUACACGAAGGAGGUCGUGCGACGACAGCCCGCGGACGUGUACGCGUUCAGCGCGGACUACUUCGCGAACCUCGCGGACGUGACCGCGGUGCCGCCCGAGGACACGAGCGCGCCGACCGUGCAUCAGCUCGCGGACGCGUACAGCGCGGUGAAAGGGAAAGGCGAGCUCAGCGCCGCGGACUUCGAGAGCGUGUGCGUCGGCGCCGGCGUCCCGCGCGCGACCGUGCAGCGCGCGUUCAGGUUGGGGGAAUUCGGCUCCACGGCGCCGGUGAAGCCGUCCGAGCCCCUGACGCUCCUGCUCACGAUGACGGACGCGAGCUUCGUGGGGAUCUGCGCGUCGCUGUUCGACGUCUUCGGCGAGGACGGGAAGCUCACGGGCGUGGAGUUCCUCGCGCUGUUCGCGUACCUCACCGCGAAGGAUCCGUCGGUGACGCAGGAGAGCCUGGACGCGCUCGAGACGGCGCUGGGGGACAAGGUGAACGAGAAGCUGUCGUUCGGGGAGGCUAACGCGCGGGUGGCGGACGUUUUAGCGGCGAUAAUGGACGAGGGCGGGAUGUGACUGAUGUGAUGAGGCGUGAGAUUUACGUA